AUGUGCAUCGUGUUGCAAUAUGAAGUAAUAGCUUAUACUAUUUACACGUGUGUGUGCCCCAUUAAAGGCCUCUUCCUGGAAUAAAAUAAAAACGUAAAAAAUAGAGAAAUAUGUUCUCCACAUAGUUUUUAUUUUAUUCCAGGUAUAGGCCUUCAGUGGGUCACACAAAUGUGUAAAACCAAUUCAAAAAGUAAUUUUGUAAUUUCAAAACUGAAAUAGUAUUUUGUUUUCAGUAGGCUAGCGUAUAUAUUAGAACAUAUUCAUAGGGCUACACACAACUACUGCAAGAUAGAAAAGGCAUUGGUUUCAAUUGGCGCGUCCGCGUUUAAUGCGCGCUCUCCCUCUUCGACAACAUUAUCGCAUUCGUAAACCUGAUAGGAGAGGAGUAGAGGAGUGGGCUAUUCACUCAUUGUUACGGGCUCCGGGAGCGGCGAAAACCCCUACACGUAGAAAAAAACUACCAAGAGAAAGAUCCCUUGACAUCUACACCUAUUGCAGGGAUCCACUCUCUGAUCUAAAUCAUUGUUUAUAAAGUGUGUAUGUGGUGAGAAGGGGACUCCUGUGGUCAGACAACCCAAAGCCAGGCCUCAUGCUCAGGUGAUUAUGAUUCAAGAGGGUGAUGGAGACAGUCAGCCUCAGCCAUGGCGGCCAUCUUUUUACACACACAGACUGGUACACUCUGAGACCAGGAACUUGCUCAGUCUCUCCCCUGAUCGCCACUUACCUGUAUCCCAACCCUUUGCUCUCCGUCAACAACCUACUGCUUUGUGAAUGAGGCUGAUGAUUCAGCCUGUCCCUGUCCGCAGCCUGGGUUCUUCACCUAACCCUGUCCCUGUCCGUGCACCAGCCUGCGGGGACCAUGGAGCUGCUGUGGGUGCUGUGUGUGUCCAUGCUGAUGGCUCCAGCGGUGGUGGAGGCCAUCCCCAUGGAGUCUGCAGCUGGGAGCCACAGCAUGUUCACCUGUGAACCUAUCACCCUGCGUCUGUGUCAGGGGCUGCCCUAUAACUCCACCUUCAUGCCCAACCACCUCAACCACUACGACCAGCAGACCGCCGCGCUCGCCAUGGAGCCCUUCCACCCCAUUGUGAACCUGCAGUGUUCCUCAGAGCUGAGGAUGUUCCUGUGUGCCCUCUAUGCUCCGGUGUGUACUGAGUACGGACGCAUGACACUGCCCUGCCGACGGCCGUGCCAGAGAGCCAAGGGAGACUGCUACAAACUCAUGGACAUGUUCGGAGUCACCUGGCCAGAAGAGAUGGACUGUAACAGGUUCCCAGACUGUGACGAGCCAUACCCCCGUCCUGUAGACCUGCUCUCCAGCGCAGACUCCACUGAGUCGCCCAUCUCCGUCCAGCGCGACUAUGGCUUCUGGUGCCCCCGUGAGCUCAAGAUCGACCCCGACCUGGGCUACUCCUUCCUGGGUGUGACGGACUGCUCGCCCCCCUGCCCCAACAUGUAUUUCCAGCGGGACGAGCUGGUGUUUGCCCGCUACUUCAUCGGCGUGGUGUCCGUUGUCUGUCUCUCGGCAACCCUCUUCACCUUCCUCACCUUCCUCAUCGACGUGUCCAGGUUCCGCUACCCGGAGCGACCAAUCAUCUUCUACGCCAUGUGCUACAUGAUGGUGUCGCUGGUGUUCUUGCUGGGCUUCCUGCUGGAGGACCGUGUGGCGUGCAACGUGGCGAGCCCCGGCCUUUUCCGGGCGCCCACCGUCACCCUGGGCUCACAUAACAAGGCGUGCACGUUGUUCUUUAUGAUGCUCUACUUUUUCACUAUGGCAGGCAGUGUGUGGUGGGUCAUCCUCACCCUCACCUGGUUCCUGGCUGCCGUGCCUAAGUGGGGCAGCGAGGCCAUAGAGAAGAAGGCCCUGAUCUUCCAUGCCUGUGCCUGGGGCCUACCUGGUUGUCUCACCGUCACUUUAAUAGCUAUGAACAAGAUAGAAGGGGAUAGUGUCAGCGGGGUGUGUUUCGUGGGGCUGUAUGACCGCACAGCGCUGAGAUGGUUUCUGCUGGCUCCACUGGGUCUGGAUGUUUUGGUGGGCGUGGCAUUACUGUUAGCGGGAAUCCUUGCUUUGAACCGCGUGCGUAUGGAGAUCCCUCUGGAGAAGGAGAACCAGGACAAGCUGGUGAAGUUUAUGAUCCGUAUCGGGGUGUUCUCUGUGCUCUACCUGGUCCCUCUGCUGACGGUCAUAACCUGCUACCUUUAUGAGAACCGCUAUAGGACUGUCUGGGAGACUACCUGGGUACAGGAGCGCUGCAGAGAGUACCACAUCCCCUGUCCAUACCAGAUUGAGCAGACCAACAGACCAAACCUGUCUCUGUUCCUCAUUAAGUACUUGAUGAUGUUGGUUGUCGGGAUCCCUUCAGUGUUCUGGGUGGGCAGCAAGAAGACCUGCUUCGAAUGGGCCAGCUUCUUACACGGACAGAGACGCAAAGAUGUGGUGAACGAGAGUAGACAGGUGCUCCAGGAGCCAGAUUUUGCCCAGCUGCUCCUGCACGAUCCCAACACCCCCAUCGUGAGGAAGUCCAGAGGGACGUCCACACAGGGCACCUCCACCAACGCGUCUUCCACCUACCUGGCCAUGCUGGACGAGCCCCCCAGCGGGAGCACCAGCCGGGCAAGCAGCUUCCAUGGAAGUCUUUAUAGAUCCAGAGACGGCAGGUACACGGCGUGUAGUUUCCGCGGAGUCGAGGAUCGCCUCCCCUACGACAGCAUGCUCCGCCUCUACAACCAAUCAGGUUCCAGACACUGCAGCACCAACCAUCUGGACAGCAUAUCAAAGCACGGCUCCACCCAGCGCCUGGAGAGCAAAUCGCAGCACAGCAGCAUCAGGGACCUUAGCAACAUCACCCAGGCCAUUCAGAGUGCCCCUGGAAACAGAAUCCACAGAGUCCUAGAGGAGAAUGGAGCCACUGCCUGAACUACCCUCUAGACACGACCCUGUAGCUAAAACCCAUGCCAUCCUUUAAGAUACACAAGUGUCUAGGCCUAGAGGUGGAUGUUGAUUUGGGACUGGGCAUACUAGAUUUUUGUGUGACAGUUUGAGAGUAAGGAGACUGGAAACAGGACAUACUGCAUGGUUGUUUGAUAAUCAUACCUCAACAUGUCCCCUCACUCAGCCUCACUAAACAGAACUGAUAAAUGAAGAUAGCAGACAACUUGGAUUCAGCAGACAGUGUAACAUGGACCUGCAGGUGUGAGAGCUGAACCAAUAACACUGACUUGGAAGAAGAAACAAUAUUCUUGAAUACAGAGUAAUCUCUCCAAUGCGUUUUGUUCUCUGUUCUGGAGUCAGCACUAUGUGAAAGACACUGUUCUGGAGUCAGCACUAUGUGAAAGACACUGUUCUGGAGUCAGCACUAUGUGAAAGACACUGUUCUGGAGUCAGCACUAUGUGAAAGACACUGUUCUGGAGUCAGCACUAUGUGAAAGACACUGUUCUGGAGUCAGCACUAUGUGAAAGACACUGUUCUGGAGUCAGCACUAUGUGAAAGACACUGUUCUGGAGUCAGCACUAUGUGAAAGACACUGUUCUGGAGUCAGCACUAUGUGAAAGACACUACUCGAAAGGCGGAGCGCAGGGAUCAGUUUCACGUGAAAUACGUUUUAAGAGCUUCUUAUCUAUCGGCAUGUUCCACUACUCAGGCGGGUGAAAAGGGAUAAAUCUAAGGACUUUAGAAUCUAGAUCGCCCCAUUAUGGGGCGGCAGCGUAGCCUAGUGGUACAAAUCUGACAAGCUGACAAGGUACAAAUCUGUCGUUCUGCCCCUGAACAAGGCAGUUAACCCACUGUUCCUAGGCCGUCAUUGAAAAUAAGAAUUUGUUCUUAACUGACUUGCCUAGUUAAAUAAAGGUAAAAAAAUUAAAAAUAAAAAUCGGUCACACAAGCAAAUGCUGCCAAAGCACUCCUCUUCAAAAGCCAAGACUAUUCCUAUAGACCACAUUGUUUACCUGUACGAGAACUAUUGUAGACUGGUCUCAAAAACCACGGUUAUACUUUUAUACGUCUAUUGUUUUCAUUGCACUUCUGAUGGAGGCAAUUAGAGGUACUGUAUUUGAGGAGUAGGGCCAGGAGUCUUUCCGGACUGUGAACUUCCCAGGGGAAACUCAGGGUCCUAGUGAUGACGUGAAGGAGAUAGGGAGUGUCUGUCCUAUUGUUAAUCAAUUGACGAUUAAUCGAUGAAUGAGCAGUUGUGAAGUGAAAGGCUGUAUUGUAUAACAGGAUAAAAGCAGACUUCCAAACUCCAGCCUUAGUAGGUAGAAUAGGAUAGUGUUCUUUCCCCUCAGAAUUACAAUCAGUUGUAUUGUUCCUCCCCUUCUAUGAAUUGUAUACUUACUUGCAUAGAUACAUGUUAGCCAGAACUUCUUCUAGUAUUGGCAAUGUGAAUAGAUGUACAUUUGUUUUGUUUUUUUUAAUUGGGGAGGGAGGGUCAUUUGUGACAUUUUUAAUAAACUCUUCUCAAAAUA